AUGUUCCUGGAGAAGGUGGAAGUGGCAGAUACUAGUCCAGCAGUCAGCCCGGAUAAGGCAGAGACCAAGAAGAGCCUGGAGAUGCCUCGCUUAACAGAAACCUCCAUAAAGGAUAGGCUGGCGAAGUAUCAGGCAGCUGUGUCCAAGCAGGGCAGUUCCACAGGCCUCGUUACCAUGAGUGAGAUUCAAGCCAGUGAAAGUGAACCCAAGAGUUACAAAUCUGAGCAGAAGGAGAAUAUGCCACCAAGUCUUGAGGACUCCAUUUCCUGUCAGGAUGGGGAGAAGGUUUCUGGAGGUGAGAACAGCUUGUCUUUCCACUCUGGUCUUGUGGAGGAUGGCAAUGUUGGACAAAACUUGGAGAGCGAGACAGAAGUUCAGAAACCUGUCAGCACAAAGCAGCAGAACUUUGGUUCUAAACCUGCUGGCCAGACAGAUGCGUCUCUGCCAAAAGCAGUGAAGAAAUUUCAGUUGCCAAUGAAGGAAACCUGUGUUGGGUGUCAGAAGACGGUGUACCCCAUGGAAAGGCUCUUUGCCAACCAGCAAGUGUUUCACAUCAGCUGCUUCCGCUGUUCCUACUGCAACAGUAAACUCAGUCUCGGGACAUACGCAUCGCUGCGUGGGAAUAUUUACUGCAAGCCUCACUUCAAUCAACUCUUCAAAUCUAAAGGCAACUAUGAUGAAGGCUUUGGACACAAACAGCAUAAGGAACUAUGGGCAGGCAAAACUGAAUGUGAAGAAUCCCUGGAGAAAACUGGUGUAAAUGCAGCAGAAAGUCCACAAAGCCCAGGAGUAGAGGAUGCCCCAAUUGCAAAAGUAGGAGUGCUGGCAGCAAGUAUGGAAGCAAAAGCUUCAGCUUUGCCUGAAAGAGAAGAGAGACCAGCAGAAACAAAAAAGCUCAGAAUUGCCUGGCCGCCUCCAUCUGACCAGAGUAUUCAAGGAAGUGCCUUAGACGAGGGCAUCAAAGUAUUCAAACCCAAGUGGCCUCCAGAAGAAGAGAUUUCCAAGCCAGAUGUGCUGGAGGAUGUGGAUCUGGAUCUCAAAAAGUUAAGAAGAUCUUCCUCGCUGAAGGAAAGAAGUCGUCCCUUUACAGUAGCAGCCUCGUUUAGAACAAUAUCUGUUAAAGGCCAUAAGCCAGAGAGUUCAUCUUCUCCUUCUAAGGCAGAGAGAGAUAUGUUGAGAAGAAGUGAGGAACUGGAGAGAGAGGCCAUGGUAGACAAAAAGCAAAAGGAAAAGAAGGUUGAGAACAGCAACAUCCAGAGCGCUGAAGAGAAGAAUGGCGAGGAAGAACAGGAACUGUCUGGUGUCAAAACGGUAGAGCAUAACUUUGUAGAAAAUGGCCAAGUGAAUGCAGAGACAGACGAGGAAGAGCAGGACCUGCCAAACGAAGAAUUCCUUGAACCAAAUUCUCCUAAACAUUCCAGUUUAGCCAAUGUGGUGACUACUAAGGAAUCAUCUAACCAGAAUCGCAAAUCCCAAGAUGUUGGUUUCUGGGAGGGUGAAGAUAUGGAAGAUCUGUCUGUGGAAGAACAGAUCAAAAGGAAUCGUUACUAUGAAGAUGAUGACGAAGAAUAA